UAUAAAUAGCUCAGCGCAAAAGCGGAAACUCAUCACAGCGCCCACGACAUCAACAUGCAGGUCCCCGUUCUCCUCAGUCUCUUGGCGGUCGCAGCGGCUCUCCCUCAGUAUGGCUACGCCCCUACUCCCUAUAGACUCACUCCUUCCUACCACGUAAACGUUCCCGCUCGUUACAACUUCGACUGGGCCGUUCGCGAUGGCUUCUUCGGCAACGACUACGGCCACCAGGAGACCCGCGACGGAUACAACACACAGGGAUCCUACUACGUGCAGCUUCCCGACGGUCGCCUGCAGGAGGUCACCUACACUGUAAACGGAGACUCUGGUUUCGUUGCUAAUGUCAACUACAAGGGCCAGGCACAGUAUCCUCAGCCUGCCUAUAGGCCUACAUCAUCCUACCAUCCUGCACCGACCUACGGUUAACACGCAGGAUGCCAUACUGCUGCUUAUUCCUCUAGCAAAGGCACUACAUGAUUUUUUCGCACGUAAAUGUACACUAGCGCACACACACACACACACACACACA